CAGAGCCAGCCUCCGACCAGAUUACGUUGUUCCUGCUUGCUCUGUGUUUUUUUUUUUCUCUAAGGUUGGGAAGCAAGAUUACGCACAAGGACAGCAAAUAAACAGAACCAAAACAAAACGCGCCGCCUUUCACCGGGGAUCCGUCUGUCUUCCGUGCAGGAGCAUCUCGGGCUCGCGUUGAUUCGCGUCAAAGGAGGACAAAACAGAGCAGGAUGUCAGCCAGAGGAGGAAAGAAGAAGGCCACCAAGCUGUCCCGUUCAGCCAGGGCGGGUGUCAUCUUCCCCGUGGGGAGGAUGAUGAGGUACCUGCGCACUGGCACGCACAAAUACCGCAUUGGCAUGGGAGCGCCUGUCUACAUGGCAGCUGUCAUCGAGUACCUGGCAGCUGAGAUCUUGGAGUUGGCAGGAAAUGCAGCGAGAGACAACAAAAAAGGCAGAAUAACUCCCAGGCACAUCAAGCUGGCUGUGGCCAAUGACGAGGAGCUCAACCAGCUUCUGCGGGGCGUGACCAUUUCAAACGGAGGUGUUCUGCCUCGGAUCCACCCAGAGCUGCUCUCAAAGAAGAGGGGAGGCCGGGCGAAAGUGGACAGCCAGUCGUCCAUCCCCGAGAAGCAGGAAGAGCGCUCAAAGAACAAGAAACCCGUCAAAUCCCUCAAGAAGGUUAAAGGCAAACGAGGCCGAAAACCAAAGAGCACAGACAACGACAAAGAGUCUGUACCAAACUCCACAGCUGAAGACGGUCCCGGAGAUGGAUUCACCAUCCUGUCAGCAAAGAGCCUGUUCCUCGGACAGAAGCUUUCUCUAACAGAGAGUGAAAUCAGCAAAAUCGGAUCGAUCAAGGUGGAAGGGAUAAUAAACCCAACAAAUGCAGAGAUGGACCUCAAGGACGGAGUGGGUAACGCCCUGGAGAAAGCUGGAGGUCGAGAAUUCCUGGAGGGAGUUAAGGAGCUGCGGAAAGCACAGGGGCCUUUGGAGGUGGCAUCAGUGGCGGUGAGCCAGGCCAGCGGGAUGGCGGCGCGCUUCAUCAUCCACUGUAACGUCCCUCAGUGGGGCUCUGACAAGUGCGAAGACCAGCUAGAGAAGACGGUGAAGAACUGCCUCUCAGCAGCAGAGGAGAAGAAGCUCAAGUCUGUGGCUUUCCCUUCGCUUCCUGCUGGACGGAACGGAUUUCCAAAGCAAACAGCCGCCCAGCUCAUCCUCAAGGCCAUCUCCAACCAUUUUGUGUCCUCCACCAGCUCCUCUCUGAAAAACAUUUACUUUGUUCUGUUUGACAGUGAGAGCAUUGGGAUAUACCUUCAGGAAAUGGCAAAGCUGGACGCCAAGUGAGGAUUGUUGUUUAGGGUUUGUUUUUCUAUAUGUCGUUUGUUGCUGAUGGUGUAGAUAGGCGAUCUGACAGUAGGGCUUUUGGUUCUGUCUCGGUUAACGAGGAAAACAACAAUAUUUGUGAGUGGAGUGCUGUUCACAUUUCUGUUCCACUGUCCCUUCAACAGAUUGCAUUCUUUAUAGUUAGAUAAUUUAAAUCCGUACAGUUUGCCAUUAUGGUUCCUUGUUUCACUGAUGUUUUUACAUUCCAUGUACAAAUAUAACAGUUUUUUUUUUCCUGGCCUCUGUAGUUUCUGAUACAAUUAGUUUACUAAAAAAAAAAAAAAAAAAACUGUGGUUCUCAUUCUGCUUUGAAAUAAAAACUCAGAUGUUUUACACCAGAGAUCUGUUCAGACUUUUAA